AAAAAAAAAACUAAAAUGAAGAUUAUAAGCCAUUUAUUACCAAACGCCGAAGCUAGCGCGUGAGCAAAAAGGUCGGUAGGUUCAUUGGUAACAUCAGCACUAAUGGAGAGAAACUUUGAGAAAAAAACCAACCAAUCGAAAAACUCAUAGAGAUCACGAAACCCUAGUGGAAGAAAGAGAGAGAGAGCUUUGUUGAAGACGGCGGAGAUGAUGUCAUGUGGUGUGAAGAAACCUGUUUCGAAGAAAACAACGCCGUGUUGCACGAAGAUGGGGAUGAAGAGAGGACCAUGGACGGUGGAGGAGGACGAGAUUCUUGUGAGCUUCAUAAAGAAAGAAGGUGAAGGACGGUGGCGAUCGCUUCCUAAGAGAGCUGGUUUACUCCGAUGUGGAAAGAGCUGCCGUCUUCGGUGGAUGAACUAUCUCCGACCGUCGGUUAAACGCGGCGGAAUUACGUCGGACGAGGAAGAUCUCAUCCUCCGCCUUCAUCGCCUUCUAGGCAACCGGUGGUCACUGAUCGCUGGAAGGAUACCGGGAAGGACUGAUAACGAAAUUAAGAACUAUUGGAACACUCAUCUUCGUAAGAAACUUCUAAGGCAAGGAAUUGAUCCUCAAACCCACAAGCCUCUUGAUGCAAACAACGUCCUCAAACAAGAAGAAGAAGUUUCCGGUGGACAAAACCCCAUAGAGCCUAUUUCUAGUUCUCAUACUGAUGAUACCACCGUUAAUAGCGGGGAUGGAGAUAGCAAGAACAGUAUUAAUGUCUUUGGUGGUGAAAGCGGCUACGAAGACUUUGGUUUCUGCUACGACGACAAGUUCUCAUCGUUUCUUAAUUCGCUUAUCAACGAUGAUGCUGAUCCUUUUGGUAACAUUAUGCCAAUAUCUCAACCGUUGCAGAUGGAUGAUUGUAAGCAUGAGAUUGUUGGAGCGUCGUCAUCUAGCUUAGGACAUGACCUGCAGAGACAAGAAGAUAUAUAGUUGAUCGAAUCUUGAUGUCUUCUAUAUUUACCAUGCUUCAAGAAGGGGUCACAUGCGAUCUAGAAGGUUGGUAUAUAUGUGUACUAAGUUGUUUUGUGGUGAUUUGUGUGAUUAUAAAACCAUAUCUGUGAGUGUAACUGAGUACACAAACCUCUCUCCCUCUAUAUAUGUGGAUAUAUCAAUGGUGCGAAUAAAAAAGUUAGAUAUAAAA